AUGCUACUCGCAAUUUUAUGAUUUAUCACCUAUUCAACAUCAGAUGCCUUGCAAUUAAUGAAUCAAAACUCAAAUAUCGUAUAUACUCAAUUCCAAGUAACUAAUGACAUGAUUACAUCAAAUCUUACAAUUGAGCUAUCAUCCAAGUCUUCAAGUGUCCCACUCAUAUUGCUAGUUAAAAAAGAAGGAAAACCAAACUUUUAUUAUGAUAUUCCAUCUGAUACCUAUUUUAUUGAUGCGGACUAUGUUGAUUUUCAAGCAUGAAUUCAAAACUCUGCCAAUUCUUUUAUUACUAUACACCAAUCUGAUUUAUCUGUUGGAAGCAUUUACUACAUUGGAAUUUAUUCAGAAAUCUGAGAUGUUUCUUAUUAUAUUUCAAUAUAUCCUAAAUUAAACAGCGUAUGCCUUCCAGGAUGCGUCUCUGCAAAUUAUAGCAGUUGUGAAGGAGGAUCUUGCUCAUGUGGAGAAAAAUACUCAGGUAAUGAUUGCUCAAUACUUUAUAAUAUAACAGAAAUUGAUGAAAACAGCACUUUUUCCUUGUCUCCGAGUGAAUGAAAAUUUUUUGCAUUUUCUAUUUCAGAUAGCUACGGUUUUACUACUACUCUUGAAAAGCUCUCUGGAGACCCAAAAUUUUAUUUCUAUCCUUAUUGGGCUGAUCCAUAUCUUCCAAGCAUGUUCUAUAAUUUAUUCUCAGCAUCAUUUGAAAAAACAAAAACUCAUUUAUCAGUGGAUUAUGAUAAUUCUCACUGAGAUUUGUGGACUUAUUCUGUAAAUUGCAGAGGAGAAGCCAACUGCGAAUUUGCUAUCAAAAUUACUACAUAUUCCGAUUCUUCAGGUAAAAAUUUGAUUUGGAUAAUAGUCGUUGUAGUAGUUGUUGUCUUUGUUGUAUGUGUCUUAAUACCAAUUGCUAUCAGGACUAUGAUUAAGUUUAGAUCAGAAAGAUUAGCACAAAUGCUUUAUGAUAGACCUGCAAAUCCUUUAACUCCUGAAGAAAUGGAAAAGUUAUAUCCUUCGGUAGCAUGAUGUAGCUUAGAGAGAGAAAAAGAAACUUGUUCAGUGUGUUUAGAAGAGUUUGAAGGUGAAGCAAAAGUUAGGAAGUUAAUUUGUGAACAUAUUUUUCAUGUGAAGUGCAUAGAUGAAUGAACUCAGACUAAUGCAAAGUGUCCUCUGUGUAAAAAGGUAUUAAAUGGAGAAAAUCAAGAUGAAGAUAUCUCAACGUCAUCAAGAAAUCCUGCACAGCCGGAAAUUCAAAGAGAAGAAGAAAAUAAGGAAAAUGAAGAAAAUAAGGAGGCUGAAGAAGAAAGGGAAGAAAGCGAAACGGAAAGAAGAAAAAGAAAAAAAGAGAAAAGAAAGAGAAGAAAAAGAGAAAAAGAAAGUGAAAGAAAUGAAGAAUUAAAUGGAAUUGAAGAAUUUAAAGAAAGUACAAGAGAAGAUAAUAAUGCUGAAGAGAGCGAGGUAAGAAAAAGACAUAAAAAGAAUAAGGGCCAGAAAAUUGAGAGUAAGGAAGAUAAGUCUUUUAACUAA